CUGGUGGACGACCGGCAUGACCUCCGCAUCCCCCUGCACAACGAGGACGCCUUCCAGCACGGCAUCUGCUUCGAGGCCAAGUACAUCGGGAGCCUGGAUGUGCCGCGGCCAAACAGCCGCGUGGAGAUCGUGACGGCCAUGCGUCGGAUCAGGUAUGAGUUUAAAGCCAAGAAUAUCAAGAAGAAGAAAGUGAGUCUUAUCGUGUCAGUGGAUGGUGUGAAGGUCAUUCUGAAGAAGAAGAAGAAGCUUCUUUCAUUGCAGAAAAAAGAAUGGGCCUGGGAUGAGAACAAAAUGCUCGUCAUGCACGAUCCCAUCUACAGGAUAUUCUAUGUGUCUCAUGACUCCCAGGACCUGAAGAUUUUCAGCUAUAUUGCUAGGGAUGGGUCUAGCAAUGUCUUCAGGUGCAAUGUCUUCAAAUCCAAGAAGAAGAGCCAAGCCAUGCGCAUCGUCCGGACGGUGGGGCAGGCCUUUGAGGUCUGCCAUAAGCUGAGCCUGCAGCACACCCAGCAAAACGCAGACGGGCAGGAGGACGGAGACAGUGAGAGGAACGGGGAUGACCUGGAUGUCCCAGUCUGCAGAGUCACAGUCUCGGAGAGGGCGGCCACCUCGGCGGAGGAGACGGACAUCGAUGCCGUGGAGCUGCCGCUGCCCGGAGCCGACAUCCUCGACUUCAGCCGCGGCGUGACCGACCUCGAUGCCGUGGGCAAGGAGGCGAGCGCCUAUGCUGACGCCAAGGGCUGCCUCCACCCUGAAGAUAUCCUGACAGCGUCACCCAAGAUGCUGCUGCCCUCGUCUGCCCAGCUGCCUGACCUGGGAACGCCCCUCUCUGCCCACCACCAAAUGCAGCUUCUCCAGCAGCUCCUGCAGCAGCAGCAGCAGCAGACGCAAGUGGCUGUGGCACAGGUCCACUUGCUGAAGGACCAGCUGGCUGCAGAGGCGGCAGCGCGGCUGGAGGCCCAGGCUCGUGUGCAUCAGCUCCUGCUCCAGAACAAGGACUUGCUGCAGCACAUCUCGCUCCUGGUCAAGCAGGUGCAGGAGCUGGAGCUGAAGCUGGCAGGGAACAACACCACAGGCUCCCAGGACAGUCUGCUGGAGAUCACCUUUCGCUCCAACGUCCUCCCUGUCCUCUGCGACCCGACCACCCCGCAGCCCGAGGACACGCACCAGCCGCCACUGGGCCCCAGCUCGGGCUUCCCCAGUGCCCUGGGCAGCCCCAUAGGUAGGAACGACUGUCUGGUGAAGCUGGAGUGCUAUCGCUUUCUGCCGGACUCGGGGCCGCCUGCCCCGGAGCCGGCGCUGGGCAGCCUGGAGCUCAUCAAAUUCCGCGAGUCGGGCAUCGCCUCCGAGUACGAGUCCAACACGGACGAGAGCGAGGAGCGUGACUCCUGGUCCCAGGAGGAACCACCGCGCCUGCUCCACGUCCAGCCCAGGCAGGACCUGGGUGACAGCCUGGAGGACGAGAUCGCAGUGUAG